CAGUGGCUGUUCCUUUGUGGCCUGUAUACGUGUACUAUCGUAGGAAUGGAAAGUUCACCCGGAGUUCAUCGCUGAAUGCCUGCCUUGUUGCGGCGAGUGUAACUUUGUGAAAUAUGGGCCGGUGCUGUGUUCCCGGGUGCCGUUGAAACUAUGACAAUGGCCCAAAAGUGCGUGUUUACUGCUUUCCAAGAGACGAAGCACUGAAGAAAGCAUGGUUGCGAGCCAUUCCACGGAAGGAUUUCACACCUACAGUGCUUUCGAAGGUAUGUGAACUGCACUUCCACGCAGAUGACUUCAUCAUGACGUUGUCUCAUCAAGAUGAACAGACAGGAAGAACAAUAGAGAUGAAGCGUGAUAGACUGCAGUUGAAGAAGGACGUUGUGCCUUCUCUGUUCCCAAACUGUCCAAAAUAUUUUUCCUCAACGCCAGCACGCAGUGAAUCGCCAGACACCAAAAAAGCAAGAAGGGAAAAUGUUGCGCUGCAGGAGGCUAUGAGAAGAUCCCUUGAAUCUAAUGAACUAGAACACAAAAGAAACAAAAUUUCAUCAUACGAGGAAGUGAAAGCUAAGCUGUCUGGGAUUUGCAACACAACGUUUUGGACUAUUUCUGUCGAUGAAAAGUGCGUUAUGUUUUUUCUCAUUGAGAACGAUCCUUCACCUAAUGUGAAAUGCGCCUUGCUAGUUCUCCCAGAUCUAUCACUUUCCGUUUUCCUGAAUGGAGUGAAGCUUCAGUCGCUUCCUUGGGGUAGCACUGUGCCAAUUCAAGUAUGUGACACCUCCAGUCUGUCCUUGUUGCUAGAGGAGAUCGAGAAACACUUCCAUAAUAUACCUGGAGUGACGAAAGAGUCGAAGGAAACUAAAGUAUUGCAUUUAGUCAGUUCACUUUUUGCAGACGUCAUUGAGGACAGUGAUACGCCGAAAGAACACUCUGCUUUGUUGAAAUUUCUGGGUGAGCAGAUAACACUUCUUCUUGCGAAGCAGCGUGUGUAUAGUCCAGAACUAUUGGUAUUCGCAAGUAUUAUGAAUUCAAUUUCUCCUCAUGCUUAUCACUUCACAAGAGCUGCAUCAAGAAUUAUCUUGCCCCAUCCUUCCACACUCCGGCGUGUUUGCUCAAAUUACAAAGCUGACCCUCUUCUAGAGCAAAAGCAAACGCACUACCUUUCCUACAUUCGAGAACGAGUGAAGUCAAUGCAAGACCAUGAAAAGACCGUCACCCUGAUGAUUGAUGAGAUCCACAUAAAACCAUACUUUGACUACAAAGGGGGCACAAUAGUAGGAUCAUCGGUUCAUUCCAUAGAACCCGCCACAACAGCUCGUGUGUUCAUGGUACAGUCGCUCCUUUCUGCAAAUAAGGAUGUCAUUCACAUACUGCCUGUGAGCAAAAUGAGCGCAGAAAUCUUGCACGAGCAUGCUAAGAACAUAAUCUUAAAUGUUGAGAAAAUGGGCCUUAAAGUUAUCGCUGUAGUAACAGACAACAAUGCUCUGAACCGCAAGGUGAUGUCCUUAUUUGCUGCAAGCCCUCAACUGAGCAUUGUUUAUCCCCAUCCAGCAGACAACGGUCGUCCUCUUUUCUACGUUGUAGAUCCUGUGCAUCUGCUGAAGUGCGCCCGGAACAAUUGGAUCAACCAAAAAAACCACGGAACAUGUCUCUAUUUCCCUGAAAUGGACUUGAAUGGAACCAUGCCUGAAGGGCCUCCUCGUAUAAAAGCUUCUUCUUUUGCAGCUGUGCGGCAGCUUUAUUCUGCAGAGAAAUCAUCGCUUGUGAAGGCUGGCUAUAGAUUGAACGCAAAAGCCGUGAAUCUCACCUCUUUGGAGCGGCAAAAUGUGAAACUCGUCCUGGAUCUCAUGAAUGAGUUCGUGUCAAAUGCACUUAGAACACAUGGUUCCGCAUUGAAGAUUGCUCAAGCUGAGUCGACCGCUCUUUUCAUUGACAUUAUCCUCACAUGGUGGCGAAUAGUCAACGUUACAGACCCUUGCAAAGGCCAGAGGCUUAGGGACAGCAUGCAAUAUCCUGUAACGUCUGUUGGCGACACACAGUUAACUUUCCUGAGUGCAGUUGUCGACUGGCUGGACGCUUGGAUACGAAUUGGCGCCAGCAGUGGCUCGCUGACGAAAGAGACGUACAGUGCUUUGCGACUGACGUGCUAUUGCCUGGUUGAACUCUCGCGGUGCUGCUUGGAGGAACUUCACUUUAAGUACGUCUUGCUGGGAAAGUUUCAGACGGAUGCGCUAGAAGACCGGUUUGGCCGUUACCGCCAACUAGCAGGAGCACAGUACCAUAUUUCGGCGCGUCAACUCUACGAAUGUGAGAUAAAGCUUCGUCUUCAAAAACUUUUGACAUUUCCACGCGAUGAAACAGAGUGUGAAGGCAUCAGUGAAGAACUUGUAGGAUGCAACUUUUCCGUGGCUGUCAGUGACGACGAUAUUGCACGUGCCCACUCCGAUAUGGAUGUCAUUGUUUACAUUGCAGGAUACGCUGCUCAUGCUGCUUUAAAGAAGCUUUCGUGCUCCAUUUGCUUCAGUAGACUGGUUAUUCGAAACCGUGAGAUUGAAGCGGAAAACACAGCCAUGGUAGUUAACCUAUCGAGAGGAGGGCUGAAAUUUUCGCAGCCAUGCACAGUGCAUAUGGUACUGAUGACUAAAUUAGUUGCAGAGAAAUUGUCUUUCGGAGCCAACGCGAAAGAUUUUCUCUCCUGUGGUAAUCAGCGUGGUGUUGCGAGUUCGCAGACGAUUUCUCUCCUGGAAGAACCAGACAUUGAGACAUGCGAGAAUGGUCAUAGUGCACAAACUCUCUUGCGUUUGGUAGUUCGUGUUGCAACCAAUGUAGUUUUAAGCAACUUUUGCAAAGUAAGAAAUGACACUAUACAAGACAAUGCGCAGCAGAAGGCGGCAGCCCGCAAAGCAGCAACGCUGAAGAAAAAGUGAAUGCAAUAAAAGUGGAUGCAAGUUCUUUCUAACGCAAUAAAAAUACUUUUGCGAACACUUCA